CAUAAAAUUUGGUAUUAUUAGCACGUGUUCCCGGCCUUACCGCCGGUAAACUUUUAAGACACAAAGAGGCUGACUUGUCUAGCUUUUUUAAAGCUCCUCUGCAGCGUGUACUAUCCCGCUUGCGACGUGCUACCAUCUACUGGACUCUGUCCAUUCGUUUCUUUCGACUGGGUUAUUACCCAGUAUCUUCUUUUCUUCGUUGCGUCCGGAACGCUAAUCUAGUUUCUUCGACUUGACAUUAUAUGUGUUUUUAAUGGCUCUCUCUCUCAAAGCGGAGCUUGAGAUCUGGGCUGCUGCCCUCAAAGCAUACGAUGAACAAGAGUUUCUUAAGUCUCUCGAACUGUUCUCGCAAAUUGCGGACUCGAGCAAGAUUCUAACCAACAUGGGUCUCAUAUACGCUACGAUCGGCGAACAUGAAGUGGCUGUGGAGCACUUCAGUGCUGCUACCAAUCUUGACAAGUUCCUUGCAGUAGCGUAUUUCCAGUGCGGCGUUUCGAAUUUCCUCCUCAGUCACUACGAUGCUGCUUACGCGAACUUCGAGGACGCGUAUCUCUACCUCCGCGAAAACCUAUCCAUAAAUUACGAACAGCUGGGACUGAAAUUCAAACUCUUUUCUGCGGAAGUUUUAUUCAACCGGGGUCUUGCCCAGUUAUAUCUAGGUUAUACUGCGGAGGGUAUGAAUGACUUGAAACAGGCUGCGCAGGAGAAAGUAACCGUCGAGCACGAUGUCAUCGAUGAUGCAAUCCGGGAUCGAGGCGAACGGUACACUGUAUUCAGCAUCCCUGUUGGUGUGGUGUACCGUCCACCUGAAAGCAAACUGAAGAAUUCCAAAGCGAAGGAUUAUUUGGGGAAAGCCAAACUAGUGGCCGCCAGUGACGUCAAUGAUAUAUAUACCGAAUUUUCUGGAGUGACGAAGCUCAAGCGAAACAACUCUGAUCCCAGUAAGGGUUCCCUGUCGCAGUCAACCUUGAACACCGAUUCCAAGGCGGACCCACCUGGCGUUCUGAAUCGGAGCGCCACUGCACCUACACCUCGUACUAUCUCUGUAGAGCCCAGUUCUUCCCUCCAACGUUCCAAAACUGUCAAUGAUGUCCCGAAAUCCCAAACUCGCGACCACGACAAAGGCGGGGUGGGUGGAUUUGGACGUGGGCGCGUACCUCGUGGCGGUUCAGUAGCACCUCUUCAAAUCCUGAAGCCCACGUCGACUACUUCCCGUCACUCCCCAAUUUCUCCCCAUCAUACAAGGACCCCUGAGUCUGAGGCUCAACCCCAGUCACAGCAACCGCAACAUUCACCCCAAUCUCAACCUCCGCUACCGACCUCUCAGCCUUUUCAGCAACCGCCAAGGCCCCCCAGUCGUCCUACACCACCUAAUUCAGGGGACCAGCUUUCUGGCCGUCGUUCGCAUUCCGUGUCACAUGUGGCAGUGCCGACAACCAAUGCGACAGUUAACGGGGGUGGGGCCGGCGCUCAUUUGGUACGGCAUAAUACCUCGUCGGGAGUGAUGAGGAGAAAUGACGCUGGGAUGGCCAGGGAGAGAGUAGUAAUUGGUGGAGUAGGAGAACAAUCAACACCUGUAUCAGCUCGCUUUGCAGCAUUUUACGAUGAGUAUGUAGGCGCGUAUGUCGAUGAUCGGUCUCCACGUGGAUACGACGGGACUGGCAGUGCCAAAGGAAGUCCGCGCGCAAUCCAGAGAGGGACGCCCGGGUAUCCCAUCAAUGGAUUCGGACCUGCGCAUGGCUCCAAUGGCGGGCUCGGAGCCCGGUCUAACGACGGGCGUUACGGAAGUGCAGAUAUUCCAGAGGACGUAUAUACGAUCCGGGUCAAACUACAUCAUCAAGGCGAUGUCAGAGGUAUGACGCUCUCUGCAAGCACCACACUUCCAAUGUUUUCCUUGCGUGUGGCGGCCAAGUUGGGAUUAGCACCAGAGGCGUUGAAAUUGAAGUUUGUGGACGAGGACGGGGUGAAGAUCAGCUUAAGAGAUGAGGAGGACUGGGGCCUCGCAAUCGAGACGGCGACGAGUAGGAGUGCUAAUAGGGAUGGCGGCAGAGCGACGGAGGGCCGGCUGGAGGUUUGGUGUGAAGAUGUAUGACGCAACGAUGGAAUCGCUCGCACCAGGACGUGCUGGCGAAGGGUGUACACUGAUAAAAUGGGUUUCUAUAUCUUUAUGCAAUUGGAUUUUGUACUUCGAUUUUCUCUCGAUUUUGUUCUUAUAGCAAGAAAGGCGUUUGGAUACAUACUAUGUGCUUGUUGAUAAGUCCCGUAUAACUAAUAAGUAUCUAC